UAACACAGUCCGAAGCCUAGUGUCUCUCUUUUUCUUUUUUCCGACCUCGAAUCCCUUCCUCUCUUCUUCUUCGUUCCUAUAGCUAUGGAUUCCUUGUUAGCCAACUAUGCUUCUUCCGACGACGAAGAUAACGUAGAAGAAGAAAAGAAUGCCUCCGCUCCUCCCCCCAAACCCUCUCUCUUCACCUCCUCUCUCCCCUCUCCCAAGGCCUCCUCCUCCGCUUCCCUCUUCUCCUCCAUCCCUCCUCCCAAAUCCUCCAUCUCCCCGGCUUCUCUAAACCCUUCUGCGCCCAAAUCCCGCGAUCUCGGUGGCGAGGGCGGAGAGAACGACGAGAUAGGAAGCAGAUCCGCCUCCAAGAACCCUCCCUCAUCCGGCCCCCCUUCGAGGGCCCCCUCGUCUUCGAUCUUCUCCUCUCUGCCCCGGCCCAAAACCUCCGCCUCUUCUUCCUUCUUCUCUUCCCUCCCUCCUCCCAGAUCCUCCCAGCAAUCGAAUCUCCCGAAACCCUCGAAUCCUGCUUCCUUGGAUCAAAACCCUAAGAAAGUCGUCCCAGUCACGCUCCCUUCGAACCCCUCCUUGCUUCGAAACGGAAAUUUUGAAGACGACGAUGAUGAGGAAGAGGAGAAAGAGAGGAAAAGGGGCAAGGAUUCUUCUUCCAUCGCCUCCUCUAAAUCCCUUUCUUCGAUGCUUCCCGCCCCAAAGAAUUCUCUUUGCUCGGCCCCUGCUGCAGGACGGAGAUCCAUAGUGGAAGCCGAUGUCCCGGCGGCGAAACCCGAGGGUAUCGGACAGCAGCAGGAAAUGAGUGCUUUGGAGAGUUAUGGGAGUUAUUAUGAUGGUAGUUUGGUUGGUGGCUCUGGGGAAGCUGGGGAAGGGAGCCGGGUAAGUUCAGAAUUCAGGAAUAGCAGUGAAGCUUCUGGUUGGGAUCCCAAUUACGGAAGCGCUGUCGGUUAUGGGAGUGGGGGUGAGGUCGAUUAUGGGAGCGGGGGAGGCAUGGAUUAUGGGAGUUAUGGGGGCACCAUGGGUUAUGGGAGUUACGGGGGCACCAUGGACUAUGGGAGUUAUGGGGCCAAUUGGUCUGAUGGAUCAGCGACGAUGGCAACGCCAGAGAUCGCAGAUAUGGGGAAGAUUGCAGGGAAGAGAGGGAGAAAUGAGAUUCCUAUGGAGGUUGUGGAGGUGAAGCAGGAUGAACUGAUGAAGAAUAGACCAAGGGAGGACAAGGCAAAGCUGACUGGGUUAGCCUUUGGACCAUCUUAUCAGCCGGUUUCUUCAGCCAAGGGAAAGCCCUCGAAACUUCAAAAAAGAAAGCAUCAGAUUGGUUCUUUGUACUUUGACAUGAAGCAGAAGGAGAUGGAGCUUGCAGAGCGGCGUUCUAAGGGUUUGCUUACCAAAGCAGAAACACAGGCCAAAUAUGGUUGGUGAGCAAUAUGUAUAUUAGGGAACCGUAUCUCUGUAUGAACAACAGUAUGGGAAAAGUAAUUACUUGAUCAGUUAGUUUGUAAUUUUUGGUCAGUAUGUUUUCAUUUUCACAAAAAUCUUGUUUGAUUCAUUAACAUAAUAUCAUGAGCUUACUUUUUGGACAUGAGGAUGUUGUCACACAAUGGCCAUCUGACAUAAUCUUCCUUUGUAGAAAUGUCAUACUCGAGCCCCUUUGCAUUA